GAGUGGAUGCGCAGAACGGGCUGAGUUGUCUGCGCGGGGCGAGAGGCGUAACGUGGUUUUACUAGGCGAACUCCAUUUGUUUACCUUUUUUGAUAAAUUUGACCCGUGAAGGAUGGGGAACAGGGACGACGAGUAUGACUAUUUAUUCAAAGUUGUGUUAAUUGGAGAUUCGGGUGUUGGUAAAAGUAACCUAUUAUCCCGGUUCACAAGGAAUGAAUUCAAUCUGGAAUCCAAAUCCACCAUUGGUGUUGAGUUUGCAACACGUAGCAUAGAG